AUGCCUCUUCCCAUCGUUGUCGUACCUGCCUCCACCAAGGCCGGCCGAGAAACAAUCCGCCAGCUUCUCGAGGCCGAAAGCAAGCCCAUCGUCUGCGGCAUCUACCGAGAUACAUCGAGAGCUCCUUCCGACUUCACCCAAAACCCCAACUUCGAAGCCAGCAAAGGCGAUGUUGGAACAGGCGCAGGUCUCGAUUACAGCAGCGCCGAUACGGUCUUCUACAUCCCACCUCCAACAUAUGACGGGACGGACCAGGGUGAAUGGGCAACCCGGUGUGCGAACAAUGCGAAGAGAGCCAUCCGGGACGCUUCGAGCGUAUCAAGAGACUCCUCUUCCUUUCGGCUCUGGGCGCGCAGCAUAACCAUGACAUUGCACGGCAUUCUACGCCUGAAUCAUAUCUCCGACACAAUUCUCAAGGACGCUGCGCAGGAAGUGAUCACGGUCAGGCCCGGCUUCUUCUACGACGAGUUCGCUCAUGCAUUUGAGGCAGCACGGGCUGAUCCGCCUGUGUUUCACGCGUGGAUCACGCGUGUCGAUCACAAGAUACCGAUGGUAAGCAUCAAAGACAUUUCCAUGCUGCCUGGUGGCAUUAUUGAGGACAACUUUGAGGAUGAUGAGAGCACGGUGAGGGGGGACAUAGAGUUGGUGGACACCCUGCGCGAGCUGGCUGCCAAGGGAACGGAAAACGAAUUCGACCUCUGGCGCGACACGGGCAUCUCAAGCGAGAUGCGCCUCUGUGGGCCGCUUCAGUCGUCAAACUACGUGGCUGUGCUUCUCAUCAAGUAUACCGAGUACACCGAUGACGCUUUUACCGCGAAGGGGCUGUCCAGCCUCAAGCUGAGGGUCAACCCGGAGGUGGCCAAAGUGCAGAAGCAGUCCAUCGAGAUCAUCAAGAACUGGGUCAGUCAAGCCUUCGUAGGCAAGGCUAACAUCGUCUGCUCCGUUGUGCCGAGUGACCAGCUGUGA